AUGUUACAUGUCACAAGGGCAGGGGCGGACUGACAACUCAUGGGCCCCCCGGGCAAUAGGGGAUCAUGGGGCCCCUGUGUCCUUGCCCAAACUCAAAAAAGCCUAUGAAAAAGGUACCAGGGGCAUCUCAUGGGGCCCCUACUGACCCCGGGCCCUCAGGCAGUACCCGAGUUUCCAAAUGGACACUCCGCCCCUGCACAAGGCCAGUAGCAUGGUGUGUGGUUACUGUGUAGCCCUAGCUUCCUGGCCUACCUAUGCCAUUGCCUGCGCUGGCCAUGCAGAAAUCCGAGCUUGCUUAUACAACUAACAUAAUUGUGCUAAACAUUUCUUU